AUGUCACGAAAAAGCAUUCCAUCUUCCACAGCAUCAACAUUUGUUCGUAAUCUUCAUUUACUUGGUUUCGAACCACCACGUAACAGCAAAUGGGUUGUCAAUCAACAAACCUUUACAGGCAAUGCUGACAGUAUUAAAGCAUUCGGACAUAUUAGUUAUUUCUUGUUCAGUAGAAUUGACAAAAAGAAGGCAAAGUCAACUUUUAGUGAAGUUUGGCCCAUUACAAACAUAAAACAAUCACGUGAAUACAGUCGACUUGCUUUUCAAUGGUUAAAGAAUAUUCAACCAGGUACUCCUUUAGCUAAUGCACCUUUAAGAGUAAGCUACUUUACAGAUUGUCGUGGUAAACCCUUCCAGAAAAUAAUGUCGGCUUUCACUGCUCUUGUUAUGGACAAACGGCCAAAACGUAAUACAGAUAUUGCUACGGACGAUGCCUAUUCAACUAUGGUAACCCAAGAUUCGACGCCAUACACAGCAGGAAAAAGAUCAACAAUGCACCGUCCUCGUACAACUGAGGUAUUGCCUCAAAAGAAGACAAGAACACAAGCUACAGUUGAUUUACCGGAACUAUCUUUAAAUAUAACACCACCCACACGGUCUCGAGCAUUAUCACAAAGUCCACCAAUACCACAAUCGCCAACACAUAUUGCAUCCGUACCUUCCUCUUCCAAACCCCAAACAUCACCCACCUUUAAAUCACAAAUUCCGUCAGAAGAACCUUCUUUAAUAUCAUCAUCAUCAUUAUCAAUUGAAGCAGCAUCAUGCGCAGCAUAUUAUGAACCACCAUCAAGCACAGAUGUUUUGUUAUCUUCAAAAUCUGCUGAACUAGCAUCUUCAGCAAGUAAUCAUCUGCGACGCUCAACAGAAACUUCUUUGCCGUGCUCAACAGAAUCUUCUACGUCGGCCUCAAUAGAGGCACCUCAACGCAUCGUACCUCCUUUGGAAUAUCUGCGAUUCUCUACCUUUAUCGAAAAAGUGCGACAAGAAGAACUCGCUUAUAAGCAAGAAAAAGCUCGUAGAGAGAAAGAGCGCUAUAAAAUUGAAAAUCUCCGUAAUUUUCUUUUAAAGUACAAAUAAAUUUCGCGCAAAUUUAAAAAGAAAUCAAUGCAACAUCCAUAAGUCCCCCAAAAAACCGCAAAAAACUAGGAGCAUUUUAAAA